UCUUCGGGCGCAUCUCUCGUCCCGUUUCCACCGGGAGCGAGAAAGCGAAUCUUUGCGUCCGCUCACCGACCACCCCGCCGAGAAAAAGGGGAGCAGCGGAAGCCAAAGCCUCUCGGAAAGGCUGGGAAAGCGGCGGCGAUGGGGGAUGGAGAGCCGGCGGGGCGGCUGAGGCUUCCCACGCGUUUGCAGAGGCGGCUUCCCUUGCUUUAUAUUUGAACUCCGCGCUUUGCACCGUUCCGUGUUUCUUUUUUCUUUUCUUUUCUUUUCUUUUCUUUUCUUUUCUUUUCUCUUCUCUUCUCUUCUCUUCUCUUCUCUUCUCUUCUCUUCUCUUCUCUUCUCUUCCCUUCCCUUCCCUUCCCUUCCCUUCCCUUCUUUCCUUUCCUUUCCUUUCCUUUUUUUUUUCCUUUCUUCCUCGCCAAGGAAGUCCGUGGAAGCAUGCCUUGGAUCCGGCGCUUGCUCGCCCUUCUCCUUCUCUUGGACCCGGCUUUUUGCAAUUACUCCGAGGAUCAGUGCAGUUGGAGGGGAAGUGGUCUGUCCCAGGAAGCUGGCAGCGUCGAACAGAUCUCCUUGCACUGCGCUGAAGGAUCCCUGGAAUGGCUGUAUCCAGCCGGAGCUUUGCGCCUAAGCCUGUCUCCUCGCCUGCCCACGGGCCCCGCCGGCAAAGAGAAACCGCAGCAUGUCACCGCUUGCAUCAAGUCCUCCAGCAGUUUCCGGGGAGCCCAGAUUUACUUGGAACGGGACGGAGUCUUGGAACUGCUCCUCUCGGAGAUGGAGGCGGCCUUGCAGCCCAAGGUGCGCUGCUUCAGGUGGCUGUCCGGAGAGAAAGUGGCCCUCUUCCUCCAGUCCACUCUUCACCAAGACAUCAGCCGUCGAAUUGCAGCUUUCCGUUACGAGUUGCGGGGCGAGUGGAAUGCCCAUUUCUCCUGGCCUUGGAGGAACCUCAGCGUGGAAGAUGCAGGGACUUGCCGUCCGUGUAACAACACCGAAAUCCUGAUGGCCGUUUGCACAAGUGAUUUUGUUAUCCGUGGCAACAUCAAGUCCGUCUCCAACAACAGGGAAGCCCAAGAAUCCAUCAUCGGCGUGAGCGCCACACGGAUCCAUCGACAGAAGUUUGCUCUGUUUCAACCGGUCGGCAAAUCUGGAAAAUCCACAGGCAACAUCCAUACCCUCCUACGAUGUGGGGUGAAACCCGGCCCAGGCAGUUUUUUAUUCACCGGGUGGAUGCACUUUGCAGAGGCUUGGCUCACCUGCGCUCCUCGAUACAAAGACUUCAUCCGCAUCUACGAGGAGGCGCGACAGGCUCACGAGAACCCCUGCGAAGUCUCGUUGGACUGACUUGAGGCGAGAAGAGCUCGGGAAGAGGGGAAGCCUCUGGGGCUGUGAUCAAGCCAGAAUCAGUCGUCCUCAUCUUGGCCGUGGGAGGAGAACCCUUGUCCUUAGACCCAAAGCAGGACAAGCUCUUUCCUUCCUCUGGGAAACCAAAUGGUUCUACCAACCCUACAUAACUCUUUUCCUGGUUCUCUUGCGAAUGAGUUGUCUUGGCCAAAUCUGAGAGGAACCUCAUGAGAUGUUCUCUGGGUCAAGUUCAGGAACAUCACGAAGCAGACAAAAGCUUUCAGAACUCUCCAAACAUGGGGAUGAGGUGAGACUUGGAGUUCUGGUGUUUUGAGUUUUCCACCACCCAUGAAAGCCAAUUGAAUUAUUCCCGAGUUUGCAGCAAGCCACACCUCUUCCACCUCACUGUGGAUGUCUGCAGAUACAUCACCAAGCCAACAGGAAGGACCAUGAGUUUCAGGUCUAAAAGGAUGAUCCAUUCAACUGUUCAUCCAUGAUCAGUCAAGAAAGCCCAGGAGAUGAUCCAGUUUUCUCUUUGGGGGUUGCGUGGCUGAUCAGCAUUAGGUUCUCUCAUCCAAGGGGACCAUCCUAAACUAAAUGAAGAGCCAGAUAUCUUCAGGAGAGGGGAGGAAGACGGUACCAUGCUUCCAACAUGCCAGAAAGAGGGACAAAAAAAUGUGACAGGAAAGGACACGUGUUCAAUUCUAUCCAUUUUCAUUUUUCAAAAAAAUAUAUCCAUCUCUUGGUAAUUCAGGCAGGGAGGACAAAGCUUUAAACAACUUCAAAUGAAAUACUUUCUACCCACCCACCCCCCAAAAAAUAACAUGGAUGUGAAAAUGGGUUGAUUGAAAUCCAGAUCUGGAUAUCUGAACGGUGUGGCGAGAUAAUCUGGAUUCAGCCAUCAACUUUUCUUCAUAAAAAUUGCUUGAUUUUGACUUCCUGGCCACCGAUUCUCAAUAAAAUCCAAACUGGAUUCGCACAUUCUACUGAACUUUGGUAGGGGCUCAAACUAUCACACAAACCCAGCCAAUCGUGACUUACUCUAUAUAGACACACCCUUGUUUUUUUUUAAAACAAACAAACUGUGGCUUGGGGCAGUGUGUGUGAAUCCAGCCAGGUUGUAGUUUCUUUAGCAAGCUGGGAUUAAUCCAAUCAUAGCUUAAUGCACUGUGAAAAUCCCCAAGAGUCCAUAUUCCAUGGCAAUAUCUUUUUAGGUGUUCAAUUAAGCUCUUGUUCUUCCAAAAUAAUAAUUGAACAGCUCCUGAUAUGUGGAGAAAUAUUAUACAGGUAUUGAUAGCACUGGAAUCCUAUCAGAAAAAGUAGGUCAACUCUAUUGCCAGGAAAAUAUCUUCUUUGCGUCAUUACCGGAAGAACAUUUCCUUGUGUUGGUUGAUCUAGGAAAGAAGGAACCUCUGAAUAUAAUGUACACCGAGAUUA